AACACAAACAGAGCUGUGACUGAUUGUGUGUAGUGGAGGAGAGCAUAUUUUACAGAGCAGAACCGCGCCGUAUGUUGCGGUUCUGGAAACAUUUCUUGCCUGGAUGGACUGUUAGCAUCUUUUGAUGAGAGAAGAGCUGACAAUGAGAUUCGCCUGGAAAGAUAAAAUGCUCAUUAUGGCUCUCCCACAGAGCUCGAUGCAGGGCCGGGGGGAGGAAGUGGAGGAGGGGGCCAUAUACAAUGUGACACUGAAGAGGUGCCAGAUCCAGCAGGCCGCCAACAAGGGAGCAAGAUGGCUGGGGGCGGAGGGGGACCGGCUGCCUCCCGGCCAUACUAUGAGCCAGUUGGAAACCUGUAAGAUCCGGAGUAUCCGGGCGGGAACGCUGGAAUGUCUGGUGGAGACCCUGUUGACUGCAUUUGGGGACAAUGACCUUACCUACACCAACAUCUUCCUGUCCACAUACCGCGCCUUCGCCAGCACGCACACCGUGCUGCAGUUGCUGCUAGACAAGUAUGGAAUUCCAGAGGAUAGUGAAGAACAGACUGAGCAAUGUAGACCCUCUGAAACCAACGGAGCUGUUCGAAUUGCCCUGGUCUCCAUCCUGCGAGUCUGGCUGGACCAGUGUCCAGAGGACUUCCAGGAGCCUCCAUCCUACCCCUGCCUCCACAGGGUGAUUGCCUACCUACAGAGGGCCCUGCCUGGAUCGGAGCCCAUGCGUAAAGCCCAGAGUCUACUGGAGCAGCUGAAGGCUGAGGCCAGUCUGGAUGUAGACUCAGAGGGUUUUUCUGGUGGUUUCCACGGCAACAGCUCAUUCUGCUUGGCUGAGGAUGAGGGAGUAGAGAUUGAGGUCCAGGAAGGCUUCCUGUCAUUUGAUGCAGACUUGGUGGCCGACCAGCUGACCUAUAUGGAUGCGUUGUUGUUCAAGAAGGUGAUUCCUCACCACUGCCUGGGCUCCAUCUGGUCCCAGAGGGAUAAGAAACAGAACAAGCACAGUGCUCCCACCAUCCGUGCCACCAUCACCCAGUUCAACGCUGUGGCAGCGUGUGUGGUCAGCACCAUACUGCACCGACAACAGAUCCGCCCGCUUCUCAGGGCACGGGUCAUCAAGCGCUGGAUAGACAUCGCUCAGGAGUGUCGCGUGCUUAAGAACUUCUCCUCGCUGCGUGCCAUUGUGUCUGCACUGCAGUCCAACCCACUCUACAGACUGAAGAGGACCUGGUCCUGGGUGCCCAAAGACAGCAUGUCUACCUUUGAAGAGCUAUCAGACAUCUUCUCAGAUCACAACAACUACCUGACGAGCCGAGAGCUGCUGAUGAGGGAGGGCACCUCUAAAUUUGCCAAUCUGGAAGGCUGUGUUAAGGAGCACCAGAAACGCACUCACAAACGACUCCAGCUGCAGAAGGAAAUGGGUGCCAUGCAGGGGACGAUACCUUACCUGGGCACCUUCCUGACAGACCUGACCAUGUUAGAUACGGCCCUGUCAGACCUAGUAGAGGGGGGGCUAAUCAACUUUGAGAAGAGGCGAAGGGAGUUUGAGGUGAUCGCUCAGAUCAAGCUGCUGCAGUCUGCGUGUAACAGCUACUGUCUUAGUGCUGAUGAUGGCUUCCUGCGCUGGUUCAAGAACCAGCCUCAACACAGCGAGGAGGAGAGCCAUGCUAUGUCUUGUGACAUUGAAGGAGUCGGAGACAGCAGUCCAACCUUACCCAAACUUCGCAAGAGCAUGGUUAAGAGGCUCAGCCUACUGUUCCAAGGUGCAGACUCAGCAGGUUGUUCCCCAGUGAGGGAAACACCUCGGUCUCCCCCUACUGGCAGCUCAGGGGAGAGCGUGGACUCAGUCAGUGUGUCGUCCAGUGACUCCAGCCCUUCAGACAGCGAGGGCCUAGGCAUGACACGUAUACACACUUCAGAUGCACAGCAGAACAAGGUGUCCGAGUCUUGCUAUUGCAUUUCUCUCCACUCCAUGGACACUACCUUGGCCUCAGCCAGUGUUCCUGUGACUCCGGCCUCACCCUUCCUCCCUGGCCCACCCUGCAUGCACCAUCGCUUGGACUCCCUGACGCCCAUGUCCCCCUCCUCUCCCCUGCCCCCUGCCUACAACACCCAGGCUCAGGACGCCUGCAUCAUCAGAGUUAGCCUGCAGCAGGGCAACGGCAACCUCUACAAGAGCAUCAUGUUGACGAGUCAGGAUAAGACUCCAGCAGUGAUCUCUAGAGCCGUGGCCAAACACAACCUGGAGAGUGAGCCUGGGGAGGGAUAUGAGCUGGUGCAGGUCAUCUCUGAUGAAAGAGAGCUGGUGAUUCCAGACACCGCCAAUGUGUUUUACGCCAUGAACACCUCAGCCAACUUUGACUUCCUGCUGUGUGUGCGAGGCACUGCUGGACGGUCGGUGCAGCUGAGGAGUCGCUACGCCUCCACAUUCCCCCGCGCCCAGCAGCGCUCCAGCCUGUCGCUGCGCCUCAGCAAGGUCACCCUGUGACCCCCAGGACAAGGGCACUGUGCCUGGAAGGACACAUUUAAUUUUUUUAGUCAUUUAGCAGACACUCUUAUCCAGAGUGACUUACAGUAGUGAGUGCAUACGUUUUCGGACACCAAACUGGAUGGGCUGGGAGUGGUGGUGGGAGACUGAACAGGAACAAACAUGGGGGAACGAAUUGAAGUCGAUGAGUUUAGACUCUGAAUUCUCUAUUCCCACAUCCCCUUUCCCUAAUCAGACCCCCAUUUCUUAGUGCUCCCUCUCCCAGCAUCCCUUCCAGUAGCAGCAUGUGGCCUUCCCUUUCUGGCACUUCCCCCAAACCCCUAUGGACUAUUAUGGAUGUGUAGUGGGACAGUGGUGCCAUAUAGAUGUCUUGUGGCAGAGCGAGACAGCCGUCGUCCCCCCUCUCCACAUGAAGAGGUUUUGCGCCGGUAGGAAGAGUGACUCCAGCCCCCGUCAGUAUUCAGAUUUGUUAUCGACUCUUUUCUUUCCUGUGGCGCCUGUAUGUUUCCUAUUAGAGGGAGAUUGGAGCCUGGACAGAGAGCGAGACUGAGAUGUCCUGUUGCCUUUAUUAACGGUGAUGAAUGAUCGGCUCCUGUGUCAGUGUUAAUCUGUGUGAUUGAUUGACAGGAGCUGUGUGAUGUCUUCUUGGUUUCCAUUAUUUCAUAGUGUGCACUGUGUGUACCACGCGGGACUGCACCUCUCAUUGUUAACUGUGUGAUGAAUGCCAGUAUAGAGGCAUUCUGAUAGGUUACUACUUGGUUUUAACAAAGUUUUUGUCCUUUUGAUAUUGUCUAGCUGUCCUAUCUCACCUCUAUGGUGUAGUGACACAUAGGAUGGGUCUCUAUGUGAGGCCCGGAUUGCUCUGCCUGACUCAUUGAUUAGCAGUCCUAAUAGAGAUUCAUUUCUUAGUGGCUAGGUGAUGUCCGGAGGUGGGAAGUAGAUGGAAUGAGUGACAUUUACAUUUUAGUCAUUUAGCAGACGCUCUUAUCCAGAGAAAUGUACAGUUAGUGCAUUCAUCUUAAGAUAGCUAGGUGGGACAACCACAUAUCUCAAUCAUAGUAAGUACAUUUUAGUUUAUGAAAGGUAAUAUAUUGAGGGGGAUUAUUUAAGAUACUCUUUGAGGAGGUACGGUUUUAGAUGUUUUUGGAAGAUGGGCAGGGACUCUGCUGUCCUAGCUUCAGGAGGAAGCUGGUUCAAACAUUGUGGUGCCAGGACAGAGAAGCGCUUGGACUGGAAUGAGCAGGAGCUGCCCUCCCGUAGGGGUGGGAGAGCCAAGAGACCAGAGAUGGCAGAACAGAGUACUUGGAUUGGGGUGUAGGUUUUGAGCAGAGCCUGAAGGUAGGAAAGGGUAGUUCCUCUUGCUGCUCAGUAGGCAAGUGUCAUGGUCUUGUAGUGGAUGCAAGCUUUGACUGGCAGCCAGUGGAGCGUGCGGACAUGGGAAGGUGGAACACCAGGCAGGCUGCGGGAUUCUGGAUAAGUUGCAGGGUUUGAUGGCACAAGCAGGGAUUCCAGCUAACGGCGAGAUGCAGUAGUUCUGAGGGGACAUGAUAAGUGCCUGGAUUAGGACCUGCAUCACUUCCUGGUUGAGGUAGGGUCGUACUCUACGGAUGUUGUAGAGCCUGAACCUGCAGGAGCCAGUCACUGCUUUGAUGUUUGCAGAGAAUGACAGAGUGUUGUCCAGGGUCACGCCAAGGUUCUUUGCACUUUGGGAGGGGGACACCGUGAAGUUGUCAACUGUUAUAGAGAGGUCUUGGAGCAGGCAGGCCUUCUCUAGGAGGAGGAGCAGCUCUGUCUUGUUGAGCUUGAGGUGGUGGUCUGACAUCCAUGCUGAGAUAUCUGCCAGGAACGCAGAGAUGCGUGUCGCCACAUGAGUGUCAGAAGGGGGAAGUAGAAAAAUGGUUGUGUCAUCCGCAUAGCAAUGAUAGGAGAGACCAUGUGAGGAUAUGACAGAGCUGAGUGACUUGGUGUAAAAAGAAAAGAGAGGGCCUAGAACCGAGCCCUGGGGGACACCAGUAGUGAGAGCAAGUGGUGCAGACACAGAUCCUCUCCACGCCACCUGGUAGGAGUGACCUGCCAGGUAGGAUGCAAUCCAGGAGUGCGCAGAGUCUGAGAUGCGUAGCCUUGAGAUGGUGGAGAGGACGAUCUGAUGGUUCACGGUGUCUAAGGCAGCGAAUUGAUCUAGGAAGAUGAGAACUGAGAGAGUCAGCGUUGGCAGUGCGGCGAGCCUCCAUGACACUGAGGAGAGCAUUCUCGGUGGCGUAACCAGUCUUGAAGCCUGACUGGUUGGUUCAAUAAGAUCGGCACGCUCAAUUGUUUUAGAAAUAAAAGAAAGAAGGGAUACCUGUAAAAAACUGUACAUAGUGUUGGUUUCUAGAGGAGGGUAGCGACUCUGGCCAUUUUGAAGUCAGAGGGGAAUACAGCCAGUGAUCAGGGAUGAGUUGAUGAUUGAAGUGAGGAAUGGAAAUUGUCUGGAAAAAGGAGGUGGUGAUGGGGAUGAGUGGGUAGAUUGUCGGGCUGCUGGACCUCACUAAUCUCAGGAUUUCAUCUGGAGAGAGAGGGGAGAAAAAGGUCAAGGCGUAGGGUAGUUCUGUGUGAGUGGGACUGGUGGCUGAAUGAAUGAGGAGUGGAUAUCGUCAAUCUUCUUUUCAAACUGGUUGACAAAGUCGUCUGCAAAAAUGGAGGGAGGGGGUGGGGUAUUCAGGGAGAAGGUGGAAAAGGAGUUUCCUAGGGUUAGAGGCAGAAACUUUAUAUUUUGAGUGAUAUAAAGUGGCCUUAGCAGCGGAUACAGAGGAAGAGGAGGAAGUGAAAGGAUGUUAGGUCCUCCGGAGGUUUCAUUUUCCUCCAUUUUCGCUCGGCUGCCCGUAGCCCUGUUCUGUAACCUCGCAAUAAGUCACUCAGCCACAGAGCAGGAGAGGAAGGCCGAGCCGGACGGGAGAAAAAAGGACAGCGCAAGUCAUAGCAUGCGAAAAGUGAGGAGAAUAGGGUCGAAGAUUAGAAGGGAGAAAUUACAGGAUAGAAGAGAAGAAAGUAGUGGGAGAGAGAGCGAAGUUUGAGACUGCACAUUAGCAUCUGGGUAGGGGAACAGCAGUGAUCAGACCUGGGGGGGUGAGAAUAGUAGGUGAACAGUCAUCUGCUCCUCGUUUUGUUUCUCCUCUUUUUUAAGGGGAAAACUUGAAGAGGGUAAUGCAAGACAAUGUUUUUAAAUAGGUGAAUUCAGAUGUCAGAAAAAAGCCUGUGUCAGAUUUGCUGUGAUGCAUUUGGAAUGGUGACAGAGGGACAGACUCUCCCACGCUUUACAUGGCUCAUCACACCCUAGGGGCUCCUUGUGGCCUGCCUGCAGGCUGAACCCGUCGCCAUUUGAACCGUGUUUCAUGCAACACAUUGGUGUGGCUGGCUUCCGGGUUAUGCUGGCUGGUGUAAAAGAGAGCGGUUUAGGCGGGUCAUGUUUCAGAGGACUCAUGACUCUACCUUCGCCUGUGAAGAGCCUGUGGAGAGCCUGUGGAGAGGAGAGGCGGCGAUGAGUGGAGUUGCAGCGGACUUGUGGAGUUGCAUCGAUGAGACAAGAUCGAAGAAGGGGGUAGUACUUUUUUUUCUAUUCUAUUUAAAAAAGGGGGCAUUAGGUGGUGGACAUGGCUGUGGGCGCUUUCGGCCUGUCGACACGGCUGAAUGUAGUCGGGGCCCUGAGCAAGAACAUUCUAGAGCCUUCUUCUUGGCAGCGGAGAGUGUUGCUAUUUUAAAGUACAUUUCUGACAAUUCUAGUUACAAAUUCUUCCAUAGAGCUUAGAGAAUGUGCAGUUUAUAAACAGCAUUUCACCACUUUCAUAACUUUUGUUUUCACGGAUUUAUAGCAGCACUGGUGCUUAUGUCUUCGAGCAGUUUAAAUUGAUAAUGUCAAGUUAAUUAUUUAGUGAACUUAGUGCCAAAAGAGAAAGAGGAACAAAAUCUAUGUUUCUGGUUCCAUUUCAACCAGUGUGGCGCAAGAAAUAAUACGUUCCGUUUCAAACUUUGAGUGGAGAACAUCUGCGUAAGCAAGCAACGUAGACAGGCCUACAUACUACACAGAGCCACCCAUUUUGUGACAAAAUACGACGUUGUACUCCAUUUGCAGGAACUGUAAUGUGUGCCGAACCUCUUCCAGGAUGUUCAGUUGGAAAUGUACUGUGCAGAACAGACUGUCAUUCAGAAUAGGCAUGUCCGUUCUUACAUUACUUUUCUAUCUACAACAGCCAGUUCCCUGUGCACCGAGCCUCACCCAAACAUUCACCCCCAAUAGUUUGUCACAGAUGAUAUAAAUUAGAUUUUCACACUAGCCCACAAGGACACUAAUUCAGUUCCUCCUGUACCGAGGCCUCUACACACCGACACUAAUUCAGUUCCUCCUGUGCCGAGGCCUCUACACACCGACACUAAUUCAGUUCCUCCUGUGCCGAGGCCUCUACACACUGAUACUAAUUCAGUUCCUCCUGUGCCGAGGCCUCUACACACCGACACUAAUUCAGUUCCUCCUGUGCCGAGGCCUCUACACACCGACACUAAUUCAGUUCCUCCUGUGCCGAGGCCUCUACACACUGACACUAAUUCAGUUCCUCCUGUGCCGAGACCUCUACACACUGACACUAAUUCAGUUCCUCCUGUGCCGAGGCCUCUACACACUGACACUAAUUCAGUUCCUCCUGUGCCGAGGCCUCUACACUGACACUAAUUCAGUUCCUCCUGUGCCGAGGCCUCUACACACUGACACUAAUUCAGUUCCUCCUGUGCCGAGGCCUCUACACACCGACACUAAUUCAGUUCCUCCUGUGCCGAGGCCUCUACACACUGACACUAAUUCAGUUCCUCCUGUGCCGAGGCCUCUACACACCGACACUAAUUCAGUUCCUCCUGUGCCGAGGCCUCUACACACUGACACUAAUUCAGUUCCUCCUGUGCCGAGGCCUCUACACACUGACACUAAUUCAGUUCCUCCUGUGCCGAGGCCUCUACACACUGACACUAAUUCAGUUCCUCCUGUGCCGAGACCUCUACACACUGACACUAAUUCAGUUCCUCCUGUGCUGAGACCUCUACACACUGACACUAAUUCAGUUCCUCCUGUGCCGAGACCUCUACACACUGACACUAAUUCAGUUCCUCCUGUGCCGAGGCCUCUACACACUGACACUAAUUCAGUUCCUCCUGUGCCGAGGCCUCUACACACCGACACUAAUUCAGUUCCUCCUGUGCCGAGGCCUCUACACACGGACACUAAUUCAGUUCCUCCUGUGCCGAGGCCUCUACACUGACACUAAUUCAGUUCCUCCUGUGCCGAGGCCUCUACACACUGACACUAAUUCAGUUCCUCCUGUGCCGAGGCCUCUACACACUGACACUAAUUCAGUUCCUCCUGUGCCGAGGCCUCUACACACUGACACUAAUUCAGUUCCUCCUGUGCCGAGGCCUCUACACACUGACACUAAUUCAGUUCCUCCUGUGCCGAGGCCUCUACACACUGACACUAAUUCAGUUCCUCCUGUGCCGAGGCCUCUACACACUGACACUAAUUCAGUUCCUCCUGUGCCGAGACCUCUACACACCGACACCCACCCCCCUUUUAACGGAAUCCCACAGAUACCGGCUCUCCCACACUGCCUAACCAGCAUUGACACCUCCACCUGUCUAACCCACACAGGGAAACCGGUCCCUACCAUAUACACUCCUACGUUUCAUCUAUUCUCUCAUCACACUGGUUAUUACUAUAACGCUCAUUCUCUAAUACUGACAUUCUGGCCAUCUCACUGAGCAGUGUACUGGACUGUUAUUGGUCAUUCAGUAGUAAAUGCUGGGCAAGAUGUACUGUGGUCGAUUCUCCGUGUUGAUUCUCAUGCAACACUUGUGAAUUUUCUCUCAUGAACUCAAUUUGUGUGUCUUCACUGCCAAAAUUAUCUACCUAAAUAAAUGAUAAUUUCUA